AUGCCAAGUGGGGAACUCUCAACAACUGGAAUCGUAAAGGAUGCUCUACAGCAUGGGAAGAACGUCUACAUCCCAUAUAUUCACACCCAGGACAAGACAUCCAUUAUGGACAUGUUUGCGCUCAGGUCCAUAUCCGAGUUCGAGUCAUUACAGCUAGAUAAAUGGGGAAUCCCAUCUCUGCUAUCUACGCAAAUCGAAGGUCGACCGAAUGGAUUGACACAGGGCUUGGAUCUUAUUGUCAUGCCGGGCAUGGCCUUUGACCGUGGGUUCCGACGACUUGGUCAUGGCAAAGGGUAUUAUGAUCAUUUUCUAACGCGAUACUCAACAUCGACCCGCAAAAUGCCAUUCCUCGUUGCUCUUUCUCUCCAAGAACAGUUGCUCGCUGAUGAUAUUCCUGUGGUGGAGCACGAUUGGUUGGUUGAUGCCAUCGUGGUUGGCGAUGGUCAAUUCUUGAAUCGCAGGGCGUAG